CUUCUUCGGGCUGGUGUGCGGUGCGAGGUACGUCGAGGAAGGCAUUGGAGCGACGGGGCUGGGCGUGUUGGGCAGCAGGAGGACGGCGGCGAGCUGAGGCCUGACGACGGACCUGUGGCGGUGUUUCGGUCUCUGCCAGACGCGGUUCGGAGCUGUAACGGGCUCUGGUCUCGCGGUCGAGCUGUUGCUGCUGCUGCUGACGGCGGUGUCGCACGGAGCGACCACCGGUGAUUCGCGCGGACUGAGAUCGCGCGGCUGGACGGCGACGCGGCGCCGGCGUGGUCUCGGCGGGAGCUGCCAGCGCCUCCAUGCUCGCGGAGGCCGGCGCGCAUAUCGACUGGGAGCGCUUCGUACGUCCGUCCGUGGCCAUCGUCGCGACGGUACUGAACGUGUACUCUCUGAGUUUGGGCGCCCCGCCCGCCCCUCGCGCUUCUGGGCGGACUUGUUGCAUUAUGAGAAUAGUGCUCUUUUAAAUGCCACUAAUUGGUGUAGUCUCUAGUGAAUAAAUGAAGAAAAAUGGGAGUCGCACAAAAGUAAGUUGCAUAGUACGGGGAGCAACAAACAAAAUGGCAGAAAAUCAUCACGACUCCCCUGUUGAUGAGUGGUGAUCGUCGCAAAAGGACGUCAGCAAUGGCAGCGGUACAGCCAGACCUACAAAGGAAAAAUGAUGAGGAAAUUAAUGCCGUGUCUAAAUUUUAUAUUAUGCACAUUUUACGACGCUCACACGCAAGAUACAGAGCGCUUCAAGAUUUUUGAAGUCAGUCAGCGUUCUACCGUCGCACUGUGCAGACGUCAUGUUCUUCAAAAUUAUUAUAUUAAGUGUGUUAGUCACAAUAUGUUCUGCGCAACCCAGAGCCGCCCAAUACAUCGUCCCUCCAGCUAAACUUGAAGCUAUAUAUCCAGCUGGAUUAAGAGUAACAGUGCCAGACGAUGGUUUCUCGCUCUUCGCCUUUCACGGCAAGCUCAACGAAGAGAUGGAAGGCCUGGAAUCGGGGCAUUGGUCCAGGGACAUCACUAAAGCCAAAAACGGCGUUUGGACGUUCAGAGACAGAAAUGCUCAGCUAAAACUGGGAGAUAAGAUUUAUUUCUGGACGUAUGUAAUCAAGGAUGGCCUCGGAUAUAGGCAGGAUAACGGCGAAUGGACUGUAACAGAAUUCGUCAAUGAAAAUGGGAAUCCAGUAGACGUAGCCAACCCACCUGUGGCCACAUCUACCACGGGUCCACUGCAGAUACCCCAACAAGCCAGCACUCCUAUCGUUAGACCGGAACAGACGUGCCAAACGUCAGAAACAGUGGUCCAAGGCCGCGAUAAAAUCUGUAAGGGAACUUUGAUCUUCAGUGACGAGUUUGAAAAGAAUAGCCUUAAAGAUUUGACGAGUUGGGGAGCUGAAGUUAGAUUUCCUGAAGAACCGGAUUAUCCAUUCAAUGUCUACACAACUGAUGGGACCAUCGGCUUUGAUUCCGGAUCUUUGAUCAUCAGUCCGGUGCUUUUGGAGAGUAAAUUCAGUGAAGACAAGAUUUAUCAAGACCUUGAUUUGACGAACAGAUGCACUGGCCAGAUCGACACAACGGAGUGCAAAAGAGUGGCUUCUGGAUCACAAAUUCUUCCGCCAGUUAUGACCGGGAAAGUGACAACUAGACACAAAUUCGGCUUCAAAUAUGGAAGGAUUGAGGUUCGAGUUAAGCUACCUGCUGGAAACUGGUUGAUUCCUGAAGUCAACUUGGAGCCACACGAGAAGAUGUACGGUCCGCGCCGCUACGAGUCCGGCUUGAUGCGUAUCGCCUUCACGAGAGGAAACGCUGUCUUCAGCAAGAAACUGUACGCUGGACCCGUUCUAUCCGACACCGAGCCGUUCAGGUCGAAGCUAAUGAAAGAGAAACUCGGCAUCGAGAACUGGAAUAAGGAAUAUCAUAAUUAUACAAUGAUUUGGAAGCCUAAUGGCAUUGAAGUUUUGGUUGAUGGAGAACAGUUCGGUGUAGUGGAUCCAGGUGAAGGCUUCUAUACUGUUGGCCGGCAGAAUGCAGUACCUCAUGCAGCCCAAUGGCUCAAAGGAACAAUUAUGGCUCCACUGGAUCAGAUCUUCUAUAUCUCUCUCGGUCUCCGCGUUGGUGGCGUUCACGAUUUCACGGAUAAUCCGGAUAAGCCCUGGAAGAAUAGGAACAGCAAAGCAAUGCUGGCCUUCUGGAACGACAGGACUAACUGGUUGCCGACGUGGUACGAUGCGGCCAUGAGGGUUGAUUACGUCAGAGUUUAUGCACUUUAAGCUAUCAACAUAUCACGGUGGUUGACUCUCAAAAUGAUAAGCAAUGAAAAGUGGAAUGAUCGUGUAAUAAGUGACGACUGACUAUUAACAAAAACAAUUCCGGCUCUAGAUAUUUCGUGAUCACGAGAACUUUUAGUGAUUAGAAAUUCGGAAAUUAAUAAAACCGAAA